GCGAGUUCUUCGAAAGCUGAAAGCUUGUGCGAUAUGGAAUAAUAAUUAUUUUUCCAUUAUCGGAAGGCUCAUAUCUUUGGCGCAAUUAAUGAAGUGUUCGACAACAUCGACUCAGAAUCAGACAAAGAUAGAAAAAAUGCUGUCAACAAUGUCGAAGGGAGCAUAAUAUGCGAAUAUACAGUUGUAGCCGAGGCAUCUCCACAAGUGGUUUUACCUGCCUUAGCUCCCGAAGAGGUAGAUGUGAUUAGGAUAAGCUGGAAUCUGUUGCCAAAGAAUAUUUUAAACAGUUUAGAAAAAGGUGAAGAAUUAAGACCCUCUGAGUUUCGUAUUAUCGUCAGAGUUAUAGUAGAUGAAAUUUUGAAAGCAAAUGCAUAUCCUCAGAAAAAAUUUGUUGUGAAGGUGGCUGAGGAAUGUGCAAAGAAGUUCCCAGUGUUGAAGGAUAAAUUUAACAACAUGACAUUAGGUACGGGCUAUGACAAUCUUGCAUACAGAUUAUAUACUAGAAUAGAAAAUUUAAGAAGAAAACUUACUACGUCACCCCAAAUUAUGGCAGAUUCUCCACCCUUCAAAAAAAGAAAAAUGGUAAUAGAUAGCUAUGGAUGUGUUGCUUGGUCAAUUCCUUUGCCUGAAGGGGUAACCAAUGAUGAACUAAUUUCAAAGAAGGAAGUUCUGCAGAAGUGUUUAGAUUCUGAUAUUGACCGCACAAUAACUCUUCUUAAAGAAACUUAUUAUUUGCAGAGGGCUGCAAUCAAUCAAGGGGCUGCUUCAAUUGGAGAAUUGUUGAAAGAUUGGCCAAUACUGUUCACAGAAAGAGGCAUUGCAGCUCAUUUCGAAAUUUUGACAAAUAUUAACCUCUUUGAAAUGUUAGAAAGUACAGUGAUGUUAAAGAGUAAAACUCUGUUUUCAUUCUUCAGGUCUUCAGGUCAAAAAGAAGUUAAAGUUUUUAUGUCAGAAACUGACCUAAUGAAUAAUCCCAAUCAACUUCUUCUACUAGUUUUAGUUUUGGGAAAGUCUUUCAAUGAGUCGACUGACUCAGUCUUUUUUACUGAUGAGGUCUUCAAUCCACAUAAUCUGCAGCAUCUCCCAAAGCAUCCAUGUCUUGUUGGAAAAGGGACAUCAAUUUUAAGGUGUGACGAAUUUUUUUUAGUAAUGGAUGGUAUAGCUGUGAACACUGGAAUUAAAGAUGCUACUGUAGCUGUGGCUGCAUGGUUUGCAUCUUUUUACGUAUUUAAUUAUUUAUACCCUUUGGAGUACUCGUGCACGCUAGAAUUUUUUCAGAGGUGCUUUGUUGGAAUAAACCCUAUAUCUGGAUCCAAAGUGGAAAGAAAGAAAGGAAAAAAAUUGUACAAAGGGAUUCAUCCAAAGAUUUUAAACUUACUUAAAAAGCUAAAAAUAUUUGACAGCUGGGUGACAGAUUGUAGAAGUUAAAUUUUUAA